AUGGGCUUGUUAAAUAUUCUGGUUGACACUGGGAGCAGUAAUUUUGCAGUGGCAGGUGUGCCUGAUCCUGAUGUCACCUCCUACUUCAAUGCUGAGCUGUCAAGCACGUACAGAUCUGAAGGGAUUGAAGUCACAGUUAAGUACAGUCAAGGAAGCUGGACUGGAGUGCUGGGUACAGAUGUCAUUACUAUGCCCAAAGGAAUCUAUGGCAGCUACACCAUCAACAUUGCCACCAUCCUGGAGUCAGAGAACUUCUUCUUACCUGGGGUUAAAUGGCACGGGAUUCUUGGCCUUGCCUACGACGCCUUAGCCAAGCCUUCAAGCUCUGUGGAGACCUUCUUUGAUUCUCUUGUGAGGCAGGCAAAGAUCCCCAACAUCUUCUCCUUGCAGAUGUGUGGUGCUGGACUCCCUGUUUCUGGAAGUGGUACCAACGGAGGUAGUCUUGUCCUGGGUGGAAUUGAACCGAGUCUGUACACGGGGGAUAUUUGGUACACACCCAUCAAAGAGGAGUGGUAUUACCAGGUGGAAAUUCUCAAACUGGAGGUUGGGGGUCAGAACCUCCAACUGGACUGCAGAGAGUACAAUGCUGAUAAAGCAAUAGUGGACAGUGGAACCACACUCCUUCGUCUGCCAGAGAAAGUCUUCAGUGCUGUGGUGCAGGCAAUAGCUCGAACGUCCCUGAUACAGGAAUUCUCUUCUGGUUUCUGGACUGGUUCCCAGCUUGCAUGCUGGGAUAAAACUGAAAGACCCUGGUCCUUAUUUCCCAAACUCUCCAUUUACCUGAGGGAUGAAAACUCCAGUAGGUCGUUUCGGAUCUCUAUCCUACCACAGCUCUAUAUCCAACCCAUCCUCGGAAUAGGGGAGAAUUUGCAGUGCUACCGGUUUGGCAUCUCUUCCUCCACAAACGCUCUGGUUAUUGGUGCUACAGUCAUGGAAGGCUUCUAUGUAAUAUUUGACAGAGCCCAGAGGAGAGUGGGCUUUGCAGUGAGUCCCUGUGCAGAAGCCGAUGGCUCUCCAGUCUCUGAGAUUGAAGGCCCUUUCACAACAGCAGAUGUUGCGAGCAACUGUGUUUCCAGCGUUUCUUUCCACGAGCCCGUGUUGUGGAUUGCCUCCUAUGCUCUCAUGAGCCUGUGUGGAGUGAUCCUCCUGGUGUUGAUCAUCCUGCUGCUCAUCCCCCCCCGGUGCCAGCACCGCUACACGGACAAUGACGUGGUCAAUGACGAAUCCUCCUUGGUGCGUCACCGGUGGAAGUGAGAAACUUGAUCCUGAAAAACCUGGGACUCCCAACACAACAAAGAACAGAGAACUUUGCCAAGGGGAAGAAGCCAAUGCCUCGGUCCUUUCUGCGUCCAUUGCAAAUUGCUGUUGAAAUCCCACCAAAUAUCCUGCAUCGUAACUUUUAUAGCUUUAUUUUCUAACACUGAUUCUGAACCAAAGCACUGUUAACCACCUCUGAAGUGCUACGGUACUGGAUUUGCUACUGCAGUGCAACGACACUUUAUGCUCUCAACAGUACCUUCUUUAAAAAAAAAUCUAAAGAAAAAGAUUUAAAAAAAAUAUAUAUAAAAAACCACACCAUCAUGUUCUUCCACUGUCUGAACAAAAUUGUCCAUCUCUCUUUCACAACAAAAGGACCUGUCAGUAUUUUCUAACUAAUCCAGCCCUGACUGUAGAAAAAGAGAAAAAAAAAACUUUAAUAAUCUUUCUUAUUAAUUGCAUUAAAUGAAUCCUGCUUUCUGUUUACACCACUUUAUUUUGAAACUGUGCUUAUGGUGCGGGGGAGGGAGAAAAGUCAGGCAGAAAAGUAAGCAGCAGAGAGAGAAAAGCAAGUGAGGUCAAGAGGAAAUGUUGGUUUGUGGUUUCUUCUCCUCAAGAUCACUGCUGCCACUUGAGAGGGUCACCCUCCCUGAGUGUUACGAAACAGCUCGAGGUGGUGAAAACUGGGUAAACAAACUUGUUCAGCCUUAGUGUAAAACAAGACUACCUCUCUUAAUUCACAAGGAUGCUACCACUGGUGAGCGUGUGGCUUAGGACUGGUCUUGAAGCACAAGAUGCUCCAUCCAACCAAAUGGAACUACUUGGCUUUGAAUUCUUUGGAUUUUAUAAAAAUUAGUACUUCGUGACUUUCCACUUUGGUGCACAAACAAAACAAAACAAAAAAGGCCUUUCAGUUUUCCCCCUCCUGUGGGAGUUUGUUUGGUUUUUUUGAGUUGAGGCUGACUGAUACCUAGAAAAGGCUGAUCUGCAUAUGUAUGGGCAGGCAAUAAAGCAAAGGUUUGUGUUCUGUGA